CAAAAUAAAUAUUAAAUAUAGCUGAAGAAAACAAAAUGAAUUUUUUCGUUAUUGGAUUUCUGAUCAUGCAGGCGGCAAGAUUGGCUUGCGGGACGUGCGUUUUUAUGUCCGAUUUCGGUUUCACACUCGAUUGUAACUUCAAAAAGUCUGGACUGUUUCGUGUACGAAACUUGGGUGGCGUCAAGGCGCAUUUCGGUUUAGGUCUCAGUGUGGGCGACGAGCUGGGCUUCAAGGAAUCGCUGAGCAAUGUGGAGAGCGAUCGCAGACGCGCCAUCAGCUAUAGGAACGGUGCGCCGGAGCUGGUGGGCGUGCUGCCCUCGGCGCGACAGCAGGAGGCCACUGCACCCCAGCAGCACAGUCUGCCGGACAAACGCAUUAGUUCACGCUCCACGGCACCGGGUCCCUACAAUCUGCAAUUGCUGCAGCAGGCGGCGGUCAAGAAUCAAGCACAGCAGCAACUGCAGCAGCUGCAACAGCAGCAGUUACAGCAACAGCAGCUACAGCUACAGCUACAGCAACGGCAGCAGCAGGCACAGCUCAUGACAGAGGCUCGCCCCCUGCCCUUGGGCGUGCCCGCCUUUCGGCCCAUACCACAGAAACCCGCGGCCAACGAGGCCAUCGCACAGCGGCGCAUUGCCGUGGACACGACACAGCCGCGCGUCAGCGUCAACAACAAGCUGGUGGAUAGCAAUGCGAAACCGCACUCCAAUCGUACAUUCCAUGCGGACAAUGCCAUGGUCGUGCAGCCAAUUAUUUCACAACCCGUGGCUGUGCCUGUCUUCCAGGCCAUGCCCGAGUCCAUUGCACGCAUUGCCAGUGCAGCCAAGUCGGAGGUGGCACGACCGGAGCAGCGCAGCGCGCUGGCCAAGCAUCCCAACUAUUUGCAGUUUGAGGAGCCCAAGUUUGAUCUGAAAGAUGUGACCGUUGAGGAACUGGCAGCGGCAGCAAAUGUCACCGUCGACACCAUCAAACAUGCCAUCUACGUGCGUGAGCAGCAGCUGAAGGCGGAGCAUCGUGCAAUGCUGGCUGCCAAGCUGCGAGAGGAAUUUAUACGCACUUCUACAGUGAAGACAACAACGACGACCUCAACGACAACAGAGAAGCCCAGGCAACUGGCUGAACACAAGGUAUCCAAGGUGAUGAAUGCGCCCAAGGAGUACUACCCGGUGGGCUAUGAUAAGAACUUCGAUGACAAUUUCAAGUCCAAAGUGGACUUGCCGCCCACGAGCUUCUCCUGCGCCAGGCAAAAGCAUUUUCCGGGCCUCUACGCUGACACGGAUCUGGGCUGCAUGGUCUUUCAUGUGUGCGCACUCACGGACGACGGCAUGGUGCGCAAGUCCUUCCUGUGCCCGGAGAACACGCUCUUCGAUCAGACAAUACUCAAGUGCAAUUGGUGGUUCUAUGUGGACUGCAGCUCUAGCACCAGCGUCUACGAUUCCAAUAUACCCAUCUCGAAGAGCUACCAGCUAAUGAAGUCGCUCACCUACUUCUCCAAGUACAACAACCAGAAGACGGAGCAGGAAGGCGACAAAGAUGAUAAUGCUGUGGACAUUGAUACGCUGCGCGAUUCUAUGGAUAGCGUCUCUCGCCGCCUGGAGCAGGCGAAGAACGCCCAGACCCAGCUGGAGGAGGCGCAACAGCCGGCGCAGCCGAAGGCCGAACACGAGCAUGUUGUGCCCGAGGGCGAGAGCCAACAGCAGUUGGCCAACUAG